GUUCCUCAGUGCAACGCCAGCCAGCAAAGCGAUCGGUUCAGUUCGGUCGGAAAUCCACAGUCUGCAUUAAGAAGAAACAUAAUCCGUAACUAUGGACAGCAAGCAGCCUCCACCGUACAGUGAACAGUCCGGAUACACUCCCGCACAAACCUAUCAGCCCGGUGGCCCCACCCAACCACCUCUGUACCCACCGAUGCCGCAGCCACCGCAGUCCUCAACUGUGAUCAUCCAGACCACCACAACCUCCAACCUGGUGCCCAUCGGCAGUGGACCCACCCGGAUCCGCUGCCCCUCCUGUCACGCCGAAGUACUGACCACCGUGAAGGCCACUCCCUCCGGCAGGACGCACUGCUGGGCCCUCAUCCUGUGCCUGUUCAUCUGCUGGCCGUGCGUGUGUCUUCCGUACUGCAUGGACUCCUGCCAGAAUGCCAACCACUACUGCCCCAACUGCAGCGCCUACAUCGGCACCUACGAGAACUAACUAGCUAACGCCUAUUUAUGCAUAUAUACCUAUAGAGAACCCUAAGCACUAGCGUCAUAACCCAGAGAAUUUGAACUGUAAAUACACAUGUACGGACGUCACACAUUAAACUCAUAAGACUCACACAGGAAACGGAAAUGCGACAAGAUAGCUUGGGACAAGGAACUCUUUCCGCUGACUGGAUUAUAAAGUAUUUUUAUAUUUUCAGAAAUGUCCAUGAUAAUGUUGCCAUUACUUAAUAUUUUGUACUACAUUUUGUACGACUACUAACAUGUUCGAUCGAUCAUUACGAGAAACCAACGACAACAGUUUAAUGACCAUUUUA